AUAUAAGGCGGCGCCGCGGCGGUUGGUGCUGCAGUUUGGACGGACUGGUUCCAGAGGAGGAGGACCUUUUUAAAAAGAAAAAAAAAAGAAGAAAACCCACGAAAGAGCGCCGCCAUCAUCAUCAAUAAUAAUAAUAAUCAUCAUGAGGGAAAUCGUGCAUCUGCAGGCCGGCCAGUGCGGCAACCAGAUCGGAGCCAAGUUCUGGGAAGUUAUCAGUGAUGAGCACGGUAUUGAUCCAACUGGAACCUAUCAUGGAGAUGGUGACCUUCAGCUUGAGAGGAUUAAUGUGUAUUACAAUGAGGCUUCAGGUGGCAAGUAUGUUCCCCGUGCUAUACUUGUAGAUUUGGAGCCUGGUACUAUGGACUCUGUUCGCUCUGGACCUUUUGGGCAGAUCUUCAGGCCUGAUAAUUUUGUGUUUGGUCAGAGUGGUGCUGGUAACAACUGGGCCAAAGGACAUUACACUGAAGGUGCUGAGCUGGUUGACUCUGUCCUGGAUGUGGUGAGGAAAGAGGCAGAGGGCUGUGAUUGUCUCCAGGGCUUCCAGCUCACCCACUCACUGGGUGGUGGUACUGGCUCUGGUAUGGGCACACUUCUCAUUAGCAAGAUCCGUGAAGAAUAUCCUGACAGAAUCAUGAACACUUUUAGCGUUGUACCUUCACCAAAGGUGUCGGACACUGUAGUAGAGCCUUAUAAUGCCACAUUGUCUGUCCAUCAGCUUGUAGAGAACACUGAUGAGACAUUCUGUAUUGAUAAUGAGGCCCUGUAUGACAUUUGUUUCCGUACACUCAAGUUGACAACUCCCACUUAUGGUGAUCUGAACCACCUUGUGUCAGCCACCAUGAGUGGUGUGACAACCUGCCUGCGUUUCCCUGGACAGCUCAACGCUGACCUGCGUAAACUGGCUGUGAACAUGGUGCCCUUCCCCCGUCUGCACUUCUUCAUGCCAGGUUUUGCUCCUCUAACCAGCCGUGGAAGCCAGCAGUACCGUGCCCUCUCAGUACCUGAGCUCACUCAACAAAUGUUUGAUGCUAAGAACAUGAUGGCUGCCUGUGACCCACGACACGGGCGCUAUCUUACUGUUGCUGCUAUUUUCCGAGGCCGUAUGUCCAUGAAAGAGGUGGAUGAGCAGAUGCUAAAUGUGCAGAACAAGAACAGCAGUUACUUUGUGGAAUGGAUCCCCAACAAUGUCAAGACAGCUGUCUGUGACAUCCCACCCAGAGGCCUCAAGAUGUCUGCCACCUUCAUUGGCAACAGCACAGCCAUCCAGGAGCUGUUUAAACGCAUCUCUGAGCAGUUCACGGCCAUGUUCCGGAGGAAAGCUUUCCUGCAUUGGUACACUGGUGAGGGCAUGGAUGAGAUGGAAUUCACUGAGGCUGAGAGCAACAUGAAUGAUCUGGUGUCAGAGUACCAGCAAUACCAGGAUGCCACAGCUGAGGAAGAGGGUGAAUUUGAAGAGGAUGAAGACAUUGCUUAAGUAUUUUUAGAGCUAAAUAUUCCUUUUUGUUUCAGUCAAGACCUACCUAUCUGAUCAUGUCCUUUCACAAAGACUUGUCUGAUCAUGUUUGUUCCUCCUGCUUUUGUAUUGUUGUAUUCUGUGCUCCCUUCCUGAAUGCUGCAUUCCCUAGAGAGAUCUAGAUUCUUCCCUUACACAAAUCACGCGGCAAAAUUGUCUGGAGAUUCCCGGAAUCAUUUCCUUCUGUGAGAACCGAGGUUUGGCUAGCACUAACCUUUUUGAUUUAUUUUGGAAUCUGCCGGUUGUGCUACAUUUUGGUUGGAACAUUCCACAAGUAAUGUCAAAGCAGCUGCCUUCAUUGAAAGUCUCAAUCAUGUUUAGUGUGGAAAAUUGCUUUUUAAAUCUUUCUUAUCCCCCCCCUCUCCCCAAUGUAAAUGUAUUGGGGUGGAAGGCAGGAGCUGUACAGACGUACAGGUCUUUCCUUCCUGUUCUCUCAAAAUGAUCCUGGAACUCUGGACAAAUAUUGAUCAUGGUCAAACUGAAAGCCUGUGAAGUGUUAAGGUUUUUUUUGUUCAGUGUAUUUCUGUAACUAUGGGUCUGGAACACUUUGUUGGUCCUGCAAAUGCUGCUACUCUGGCUGUGUAUAUUUGCCUAAUGGUACAAUUGUGCAAGAAAGUAAAACAGUGGUUUGCAGGUUACGACCAGAACUCAAUUUCUCAAUGUAUUUGCAUUUUACCAAGAUCUUGAACUUUAUGAGAGAUCACAAGUUGAGGCAUUGCAUGUGAUGGUCAAUAUUCUGGAACCUUUGUACGGAGAAACAGACUCCUGUAAACCUUUGUAUGGAGGGAGGUUGACUCCUGUGAAACUUGGAUGGCCAUUAAAUCAGUUCAGCACGA